AAGGUGGUGUUGCCACUUUAUCCAGGUACAUGGGGAUCCCUAAAGGCUCCUCCUUUAAGGAGCAGAGAAACACCAGCCGCUCCGGAGAAGGUGCACCUCCGACCCGCCGCCAUGUCCUGCUACGAUCUGUGCCGUCCCUGUGGCCCAACCCCGCUUGCCAACAGCUGCAACGAGCGCUGCGUCAGGCAGUGCCAGGACUCCCGGGUGAUUAUCCAACCCUCUCCCGUGGUGGUGACCCUGCCCGGCCCCAUCCUCAGCUCCUUCCCCCAGAACACCGCCGUGGGAUCCACCACCUCCGCUGCUGUUGGCAGCAUCCUGAGUGAGGAGGGAGUGCCCAUCAACUCCGGGGGCUUUGGCCUCUCUGGCAUUGGUGGCCGCUACUCUGGCAGAAGGUGCCUGCCCUGCUAGAGCCGGGCUGGACGUCCCGUGAGUGCAUCGACCAGGAACCCAAAGCCAGGUGCCGGACUGAGGAUGGAGCUGCU